UGCAAGGUGAUUCUGGAUGCAAUCAAGCCGAUGGCUGUUUGGCCGUGGUGUGGCCGUUGUCAACGAUCAACUUGCAUGUGCUCAGCACUCACAAUUCGCUGUCAUGAGCUGCUCGCCGCCAAGAUCGAGGAUUGCUCGCCUCGCCUCGGCUUGUGCGUCUAGGUGCCAGGCGGAAUAGAAGGUUAGUCAUGGCCUGCGCAAGGCUCUGGAUAGGCGCGGAGCACUUGUCCCUCGGGCUUGCCGUGGGACUUGGGAAAGUUCAAGUUCAAGAUGUAUGUUCUCCUACUCUGCUCUCCCAACAUCCUACACUUCACGAUUCUCCUGCGCUGGACGCUCGUACUUUGCCCUUCAUUCGUUUCAUUGUACCCAACCUCUACAUUGACGUUCAUUCAGUAACUUGUGGAGAGCUCGUCAUCUGGGAGUGCGUAUCGAACUGGAUUCAAUCUCCCAAACACAUCCUCCUCACUAGCUCCAAACACGAGCACUGCGCCGGCCGCACUGGACACUUUCUCCUUCUGCUCCUUGGCCUUUCGCCCGCAUCCGCCGGGGUCAAACUUCUUAGCUGUUCAGUUUCUUCGCAAUCCAUUUGCCACCUUCAAGUCAAUCUUACGAAGUGCGCAUAGUCGCCGACCUUUGCCUCCAAGUCGACGCAGGUGCGAGCAGACAGUAUGUCGUCCAAUUCUGAUC